UGGACGGAAAAAAAAUAGAAAGAAACAAAAUGUUCAAGAGUCUCCAUUGAGGCUGGAUAAAGAAGAAGAAUAGUUUCAGAGUGCCUGAAUACUCUCCCUUCAUCUCGCUCUGCAGAGAAAAGUAAAGGAAGAUGGGGAUGAUAGGUGAUACGAUCGAGUCGUUCAAAUCACUCCAGAUCAGGCAAGUUGUUAUGCAGGCCAUCAGCCUUGGAAUGAUUGUCACAUCAGCUCUGAUAAUAUGGAAGGGACUAAUGUGUUUUACCGGAAGUGAAUCACCAGUUGUAGUUGUUCUUUCUGGAAGCAUGGAACCUGGAUUUAAAAGAGGUGACAUAUUGUUUCUGCAUAUGAGUAAAGCACCCAUUCGAGCAGGAGAAAUUGUUGUAUUCCAUGUUGAUGGUCGAGAAAUUCCUAUAGUUCAUCGGGUUAUAAAGGUACAUGAACGACAAGACACUGGAGAGGUUGAAGUUCUUACUAAAGGGGAUAACAAUUUUGGGGAUGAUAGGCUUUUGUAUGCUGAUGGUCAACUCUGGCUUCAGAAGCAUCAUAUAAUGGGUCGUGCUGUUGGGUUCUUACCGUAUGUUGGUUGGGUGACAAUCAUCAUGACUGAAAAGCCCAUUAUCAAGUACAUACUAAUAGGGGCUUUGGGUUUGCUGGUAAUCACAUCGAAAGAAUAGGGAUCCAGUCAAUUAUUUUUGAUUGAAGGUUCUCAGUGCAUCUUAUUGCAACUUAGAGGUAUUCUUUUGAAUAUGAGGCAAAGAAUACAAGACAAUUUUUUGAGGGCAUGCUUGUAACAUUCUUGAUUAUUAUGUCAAAGGUUUUUAAUCUAAUGGAAAUUACAUACCCUUCAAAUAAUUAUUGUUUGGAGUUAUUAAUUUGAUUGUUAUGAGAGACAUUUGGCAUCCUUUUUAAAAUUUGGGUCUUCAAGAUGUUGCAUU